CGUCAGUGUUUUCCUAAGGUGUGAAGUUGACAGUGAGUAUAGUGUCACAUACGGUGGCAUACGACGGGGAAUAAUUACUGAAUGGAGUGAUUAGGAUGAGUCAACAUUUCGCAGACGACUUAAUCCAGCUUUUGUGCUGAUACAUAUAUGCUAGAUGACAACCUAGCUUGAUUAGUCGAAUUGGAGAGGAAAAGGUCAUAAAAUACCUUUGCUGCCUUCAAAAUGAGAACGUAUAAAAUCCCAGCUGAUAUUUGCUAUGGCUCAAUGUCAUUCUUCAUCACCAUUGUCCACAACAUUUUUCUUCUGUAUCAUGUAGAAAUCUUUGUGUCUGUUUAUCGCAUCGACAAGACAUCAUUCUGGAUCGGAGAAACAAUAUUUUUAAUCUGGAACUCUUGUAAUGAUCCAUUAUUUGGAUGGAUGAGUGACAGCAAAUAUUUAAAUACAAGUGCUCAGAAAGGAAAUGACGUAGUGUUACAGAGAUUAUCUUUUUUACAGAGAUUUGGUCCAUUAUUUGCCUUAUCUUUCCUUGGUUUCUGGAUCUCGUGGACGUUUCCGUGGCUUCAGUUUGUUAUUUGUUUGUGUCUUUAUGAUGGAUUUUUAACUCUGAUUGAUCUUCACCAUUCAGCCUUAUUAGCAGAUUUAGCUGUUUCUGCAGAAAUUCGAACUAGGCUCAAUUCUAAAUGUUCUGUUUUUGCUGCCAUUGGCUCAGCAACUGUGUUUCUAUCCUAUGCUAUAUGGGAUAAAGAAAAUUUAAAUAGUUUUAGAAUUUAUUGUGCUGUUGUGGCCUUUGUCUCAUUUUUAGGAUUUUUUUUUGUGUCUUCCUUGUUAAAAAGUUAUUAUACCUCUUCAAAAGAAUCACAGAAAUCUACAAGCGAUUUUCAUCAUGGUUUCCCUGAUGUAAUAGGUACAUGUAAUACUAUUAGCAAAGAAAUGAAUUUGGAUGAUGAAAUCAAGCCUGGUCACCAAACUUUUAAAUCUUAUAUUUAUCAACUUUUACAACAUAAAAACUUUCUGUUAUUUUCUGUGAUGAACUUAAUACAGGUAUUUCACUGCCAUUUCAACAGUAAUUUCUUCCCUCUAUUUCUGGAGAAUCUACUAGGAGAAACAAUCAGUCCUAUGUAUGGAUCAAUAUUAAUAGGAUUAUCGUUUGUAGCUCCACAUAUAAAUAAUUUAUAUUUUUUAACGUUAUGUCGGAAGUAUGGUGUAUAUAAUGUUAUAUAUGUAUUAUUUGGAGUAAAACUGUUGUUGAGUUUGUUUAUGUUUUUUGCUGGACCAUCACAUAUCUGGUUACUUUGUAUAUUUAUUGCCAGUAAUAGAGUAUUCACUGAAGGUACAUGUAAACUACUGAAUCUUGUCAUUAGUGAUCUGGUUGAUGAAGACUAUGUUAAGAAUCACAGACAUCAGGCCGUUUCAGCUCUGAUAUUUGGUACUACAGCUUUAUUGUCAAAACCAGGACAGACGUUGGCACCUCUUAUAGGUACCUGGAUGUUAGCAUCUACAACAGGUCAUGAUGUUUUUGAAACAGCCGGUGAUGUAGGAUCCAUCAAAUUUGAUGUAAAGAAUUUAGAUGUAGCUAGUCGUGAAUCAUAUAAACAAGGAUGUUUUAAUUUGUUAGUAUAUAUACCUAUAAUCUGUGCUGUUUGCCAACUUGCUGUUUGGACACAAUUCUCAUUACAUGGUCGCAGACUACAAUACAUAAAAUCACGACGAGAAGGUUCAGAAAAAACAUUUGUUUAACUCUAAAAGAAAUCUGUUUACAAAAUCUUUAUGACAUUAACCUCUGCAAACGAUAUCACAAUAUGAUCUAGAAAGUUUAUUAGACCGUUACAAGGUUUCAGGUCUGCUUAAAGAGAUUUGGUGAAUCAAAUGUUUAACAUCCUAAAAUUUCUAGAAGAUGUAACUUGGGUUAAAUUCAUAAUAUCCAGCAAAACAUUUUUUAAAAUCAAAAUUUUAUGCCAGUCCUUAAAAAUAUUUAAAAUUUCAAUCAAAAUGAAGAUAUUAGGGGGGUUAGUACAUUUUCUUAUUUUGUGAAAAAAUUUUCCCCACAUUUUUGUCUCAACAUCAUCAUUCUAAGUACUCCAUUAUAAAGUAUUAUGAUGAUAGUAUUCAAAAGCAUUGAUCCGAUUGUGUAUCCAUGAUGAAUUAAUGUUGAAAUGGAUCUAAAAGAAUUUUGUUUUUGUUAAUUGAUAACUUGAAUUUAUAGUUGUUGGAUCCUAUUGUCUAUCAAUCAACAUAAUUUUUGUUUUAUUUCUCAGUUGUUUACUCCACUUUAGGGAGCCACGGUGGCUAAGUGGGUAAGAUGCUGGCUUGCCAGCCCAGAGAUCGCGUUUUCGAUCCUUGCAUUGGCCGAGAAAGUUCAUCAGAAUUGUCCGACGGGGUUUCCCCUUUUCAGUGGUGCAGGACGGAGGGCCUGACAAGGACAGCUGUAUAAUCAUUCGAAUGAGACGAAAAACCGAGGUCCAGUGUAUACAUUGGCGUGCACGUAAAAGAUCCUUCGCAGUUGGAAUUCGAUAUAAGAGUAGGCCAUAGUGCCGCUGCCCGGGCAAAUUUCCCUCAUAGCACACUGUAUGGCGUAUGCCGAUCUUCAUUAGCCCGGUCGGAGUAGGACGUUAAGCCCCAUUUCAUUUCAUUUACUCCCCGUUAUCUUUGGAGAAAAAUGUUUCAUUAUUAGGCACUUUCAGUAAUGUACAGCUUUUGAUUUGUCAACUCCGUAUAAUCCUACCAAUCAAAGCAUGAUGUAGAAAAUUCUGCAAUAUCUUUUCAAAAGAUUUGAUUAUUCAUACAUUCGUUUGGCUGUCGGUUCAUGGUUAAAGGUAUUAUAAUGGUGGUGUCUCAGGUAUCCUAACUUGUUAAUUAUUUUAAAAUUAUGCAUGGAAUCAUAAAUUUUUACAAUUAUUUCAAAUAGGAGCAAAAAUAUAUAGUCAUGUAUUUGUGAAUUAAACAGGCAUUAUGCAAGAGAUAAAUCUGCCUAUUGCAGGUCUUUCUUUAGGCCUUAAAUGUUAUAUAAACCAUUAAUUUAUUAACAUAAAACCAUAAUCAACUCUUGAUGCCAUCUGAUGAGUCCGAUUAACCAUAAAAAUGGAUAAUCAAGACUUUGUUUAUUAUCGUAACAAUGACAAUCAAUAGAGUGUUAUUAAAAUGUCGAUUCCUCGGCUUAAGAAUGAAAUAAUUUGACGGAAAUUUCCAGCAUAUCCCCUUUACAUUAUCUAUUUUUUAACUAUUAUAAUCGUCCAUAAUGCUGCUUUAAUCUUGUCCAGACCUUAUUAAGACCAGAAUACAUGUACAUCACAAUUUUAUAUGUUUAGUUUCUGUUAAUUACUGAACCAUUUUCAAUUGUUAAAAUAAUUUAUAAAUACCGACAUAUUUCUUUGAGUAGCCAUAAGCAUUUCUAAUAAAUUAUUUUAUACAUUUAAUUUCUGUUGAAUUACUGAACCAUUUUUCAAUUGUUAAUAUAAUUUAUAAAUACCGGCAUAUUUUUUUGAGUAGCCAUAGGCAUUUCUAAGAAAUUAUUUGGAUUUCUUUUCACUCUAUGAUUAGAGAAAUAGAAAACAUUCAUAAAUAAUUUGCUUUACUACAUAUAUAAUUACUGAUAUUUGUUUUAUUGUAUACAGUGAAAUCAUGCCCCCCUAUUAAUGUAUGAAUUUCUAACGAGAUACUGUCAAAAGUUUUAAUAUUUUAUAUUUUUAUUAAAGAAUUUUGUUUUGGAUAAUUGUACCAAAAUUGAGGAUUUUUAAGAAAUAUAUUUUCACUUCCUUUAAGAUCUUCUGUAUUCUUGUUUCAAAGAAUGAUGCAAAGUAAUAUAUUUUCAUGUUAAA